AAUAAACAAAGAAAGAAAAUACAAAACAGAAGAACAAAAAAACCGAGACUUUGGUGGUGGGUGAUACAUGGGCUGGUGCGAAUUGCGAAACCGAGGGCUUGUUCCCGCUUGGCUUCUCUUUGCUUUCUCUUGAUCGCCCUGCGAAUUUGAGACUGGUGUUGAGGAGGAGUUUGAACGUUUCUGAGCUGAAUUGUAGUUAACUUUGUUGAGUUGGGUUGAAUUCCGGACCAACCGUUCGAGAGAAGGAUCUUAGAGGUUUUAGUAUUGUAUUCCAUGGCUUCUCCUCCAUUUCAGGUGGAGGAUCAGACGGAUGUGGACUUCUUCAACAAGCUUGUUGACGAGGAGUUUGCCGUUACGGAAUCUGGUGCUGAAGUUAAUGAUUCCGAUGAGGUGAAAGCACUAUCGAAUUUGAGCAUUUCCGAGGUUGGCACUGUAUCAGAAGGUCCCGACGCCGAAGAUGACGGUUUCGAUAGAAAAGGGGAAAUGCAUUCUGAUAACGUGAUCGAAGCAAGUAAUACCGUUGCCGGGGUGGAUGUUGCAUCGGAUUCCACAACAAUCGAGAACAGUGGAUCCAGGGAUGCGGGUUUUAAAGAGGUCCAGUGGAGUUCUUUUAACUCUGAUUUGGCUCAGCAUGGUGGCAGUGGGUUCGGAUCAUACUCGGACUUCUUUACUGAGUUGGGAGAUGGAUCAAGCGACCCAUUUGAGAAGAUGGAGAAGAAUACAGAGAUUGUUUCCAACACAAUAUCUAGCACUUCAGGGAAUGUGGGUAGCAAAUUGACUUCUUCAGUUAGUUCUGUGCAACAUCAAGGGAGUCAAGUAUAUGGAUCAGGGAUGGAACAAACUACAGAUGGGCAGGAUAUGUAUAGCAGUCAAUAUUGGGAAAACCUCUAUCCAGGCUGGAAAUAUAAUCCAAAUACUGGGGAAUGGCAUCAAGUGGAUGGUUCUGAUGCAACAACAAUGAAUAGAGGGGGGGAUUUUGAAGGUAACGCUCAGUCGAUAGGUGAUAAUGUUGUUUUAGGCCAGAGAUCAGAAGUUUCUUAUUUGCAACAAACAGCUCAGUCAGUUGCAGGAACCAUUGCUGAGAGUUGCACAACGGGUAGUGUCUCUAGCUGGAAUCAGGCCUCUCAAGUGAGCACCGAGUACCCAUCAAAUAUGGUAUUUGAUCCCCAGUAUCCUGGUUGGUACUAUGACACUAUUGCCCAGGAAUGGCGCUUGUUAGAGUCUUAUGUUGCAUCUGUUCAGUCAACAGGGACAGCUCAUUACCAGACAAAUGAACAUGAUAAUGCUUUGACAGGUGAUUUUCACUCCGAGAAAGACCGCAACCAGUACAGUGAGUAUGGGCAAGUUGAAAAGUAUGGAUCACAAGUCUUCAGUGCUAAAGACCAAACUGGGGACUGGGCUGGGUCAAUGAAUAACUAUGCUCAUCAGAAUAUGAGUACAUGGCAACCUACAGCUGUUGCUAAGACUGAGGCUGUAGCUGGUUUCGUUGAAAACCAGCAAUCAAGGGAUCUUUAUAGUUCACCUGGUGAAGUAAAUAACUAUAUGAAUCAAGGAAUGGGGUAUAAACCCACAGGAACAGGUUCUUCGUAUGAGCAGACAACGCGCAGUUAUGGUGGUAGCAAUGGGUUUACUGGGUUUCAAAAUUUUACUCCUGACAACUUCUCCCAACAGUUUAAACAGACGAAGGUAGAGCAGAACCAACAGAUGCAAUCCUCACACAAUUACUAUGGCAGCCAGAAAUCAGGGAACCUUUCCCAGCAACAUUUCCAUACAGGCACUCAGCCCCCCUAUUCUCCUAAUGAGGGGAGGUCAUCUGCAGGACGUCCCCCCCAUGCCCUGGUUACUUUUGGGUUUGGUGGAAAACUCAUUGUCAUGAAAAAUAAUUAUUCUUUUGUUACUAAUCCUGCAUAUGGAAGCCAGGACCCUAUGGGAGGCUCAGUUUCUAUUCUCAACUUGAUGGGAGUUAUCUUGGACAAAACUGAUACCACAGGCAUUGCAUAUGGCGUUUGUGAUUACUUCCAGAGUCUGUGCCAGCAAUCCUUCCCUGGCCCACUAGUUGGUGGGAAUGUUGGAAAUAAAGAAUUAAAUAAAUGGAUUGAUGAGAGAAUUGCAAGCUAUGAAUCCCCCAACAUGGACUACAGAAAGGGCAAGCUUUUGAAGUUGCUUCUGUCUUUGCUAAAAAUAGCUUGUCAGCACUAUGGAAAACUUAGAUCUCCUUUUGGAACUGACCCCACUUCGAAGGAAAAUGAUAGACCAGAAUCAGCAGUUGCUAAGCUUUUUGCAUCUGCUAAAAGGAAUGAUGCCCAAAUAAGUGGAUAUGGAGCCAUUGCUCACUGCUUGCAGAACCUUCCUUCUGAAGGACAAAUACGGGCAACUGCUGUUGAGGUGCAAAACCUUCUUGUUUCCGGUAAGACAAAAGAGGCUCUCAAAUGUGCACAAGAAGGUCAGUUGUGGGGACCUGCACUUGUUCUCGCAGCACAACUUGGAGACCAGUUUUAUGUUGAUACGGUGAAGCAAAUGGCACAUCGCCAAUUAGUAGCAGGAUCGCCAUUACGAACAUUAUGUCUGCUAAUUGCAGGACAACCAGCAGAUGUGUUCUCCACAGUCAGCUCAAGUAGUGACCCACCUCUUGUUGAACAUUUGCCACAACAGCCUUCCCAGAUUGGAGCCAAUGGUAUGUUAGAUGAUUGGCAGGAAAAUUUGGCCAUCAUAACUGCAAACCGAACAAAAGGUGAUGAGCUUGUAAUUAUUCAUCUUGGGGAUUGCCUAUGGAAGGAGAGAUGUGAAAUAAUAUCUGCACACACCUGCUACUUGGUUGCGGAAGCAAACUUUGAGUCAUAUUCUGACAGUGCAAGGUUGUGUCUUAUUGGGGCAGACCACUGGAAUUUCCCCCGAACCUAUGCUAGUCCUGAGGCUAUUCAGAGGACUGAACUGUAUGAGUAUUCAAAAGUGCUUGGAAAUUCACAGUCUGUUCUGAUACCGUUUCAACCAUAUAAGCUUAUCUAUGCCCACAUGCUGGCUGAAGUUGGGAAACUUUCAGAUUCAUUGAAGUACUGUCAAGCAAUAUUGAAGUCUUUGAAAACUGGUCGUGCACCUGAAGUGGAUAGUUGGAAGCAAUUAGUAUCAUCUCUUGAGGAGCGCAUAAGAACCCAUCAACAGGGUGGAUAUGGCACAAACUUGGCUCCUGCAAAACUUGUAGGCAAAUUACUUCCUUUUAUUGAUAGAUCAAUUCAUCGCAUGAUUGGGGCCCCACCACCACCAGUCCAGUCAACUUCCCAGAUUAACUCUCAAAUUAAUGAAUAUGAUAACCACCCAACGGUUCCAAGAGUGGCAAACAGUCAAUCAACAAUGGCCAUGUCUUCUUUAAUUCCCUCAGCAUCAAUGGAGCCUAUAAGUGAGUGGACAGGUGAUAGCAAUAGAAAGAUAAUACAUAAUAGAAGCAUCUCAGAGCCGGACUUUGGUAGAAGCCCUAGACAGGGCCAGGUCAAUCAAUCAAAAGACAUUGCCUCUGAUGCUCAAAGCAAAGCAUCGGUCUCUGGUGUGCCAUCUCGUUUUGGACGUUUUGGAUCACAGCUCCUACAAAAGACUAUGGGGUGGGUCUCAAGAUCCCGUACAGAUCGACAGGCAAAAUUGGGCGAAAGAAACAAAUUCUAUUAUGAUGAGAAGCUUAAGCGAUGGGUGGAAGAAGGCACUGAACCUCCAGCUGAAGAAGCAGCCUUACCGCCCCCACCAAAAGCUUCUGCCUUCCAGAAUGGAAUGUCAGAUUACAAUAUAAGAAAUGCAAUCAAGGGUGAAAAUAUGCUUUCUAAUGGAACACCUGAAACCAAAACUCCAACUCCCUCAGAACGGAAUGCAGGGAUCCCACCCAUCCCACCAAGCUCCAACCAAUUCUCUGCUCGUGGACGUAUGGGUGUUCGAUCAAGAUACGUUGACACCUUUAACAAGGGAGGUGCCUCCCCAGCCAACCUAUUCCAGUCGCCUUCUGUUCCAGCUUCCAAAGCUGGAGGUGCCAAUGCCAAGUUCUUUAUUCCCACUCCUAUUGCAUCAGGAGAACAAACAUUAAAUACAACUGGUGAGGUCACACAAGAAGGCACUGAAGCCAAUAACGAUCCUUCAACAUCUGUUAUGAACGAGUCAUCUAUCCCAUCUCCACCACCACCAUCAUCAUCAUCAUCAUCACGAUUAUCCAGGCAACGAUUUCCAAGCAUGAAUAAUAUUGCUCCUAUGGGAAACAAGGGAAUGGAGAAGAUGGGAAAUGGAAAGGAGUCUCUUUCUCACCACUCACGGCGGGCAGCAUCAUGGGGUGGAAGCUUUAAUGAUACAUUUAACGUGUCCAAUACAGCAGACAUAAAACCCCUAGGAGAGGCAUUAGGAGUGCCACAAUCAUCCUGUGAUCCAUCACCAAAGCCCCUGCCAAUAAAUGGGAACAGUUUUGGAGAUCUUCAUGAAGUGGAAUUGUGAAGUCAGUGGUGAAUAUGUGGAUCUCCAAUUUUGCUUCUCGUGAUCAUCACAUUAGUCGACACAUUUACUCCAUCCUCUGCCCCAGAGAAAGGUCAGCAGUGGGUUUUGAUAUCCCACUGGGAAUUUUGAAAUGCCAAAAUGGGGAUCUGUUUGGUGAAAUGCAACAGUUUCUUGAACACAAAAGGCUUUUGAUAGAAUGUCCCAGGGGACCCUCCCUCUCUAUAAGGACGGAAGCUAGUGUCCUUUCCUCAAAUAGAAAAAGGAGUUGUGGGCACUAUUGUACAGUUCAUUUGUUGAUUUAUUGGACACAGGAAUUCCUUUUGUUCUUUUUGAAAUGGCUCUUGAGGAAGAUAGAAGAGAGUUUAAAGAAAGCACCCCUUCUGUUUUUCAAGGAGUAAAGAGAGGUUUACUGGAAGAGCAUAUAUAAAAUUUCCCCUUUUAUACCUUUGGUAUUGUACUUAUUUCUAAUGACUUAAACGUAAUGUAUUCACUCAGAUAGGAUCAUAGGAUUAAAUCGUACUAAACCCAAAA